AUGACCGCCUUGGCCACCAUGCGCGCCGAGCUGGCUGCGCAGCUCCCCGAGACCGGGACUGCCAGCCUCGGAGACCACUUCUGCCUUGUGGAGCAGGAGUCUCCGGCCGAGGCGGACUUCAUCCUGGAGGAGCAUUUCCCGGUCCUGUCCGGCGCCGAGAUCGGGGCUGCCCACUUGACCGAGGGGUUCUUCGAUCCGCGCAGCCCGGCGCUUGUGCGGCUCCGCACGCCGGUCCGCCCGGGCGCGGCCCCGAUGGCCGAUCGCCACCCGCUGGCCGCGCACCUUGCGCUGGCCCAUCUCGAGGAGGGGUUCUUCGACCCGCGCAGCCCGUCGGCCGUGGUGCACCGGACCCCGGUCAAGCCUGGUACCAUGGCCGAGGCCCCGGCCACUCCGAGCCCCCCGGUCCCCGAGCCGUCGGGGGUCGCUGCGGCCACCGCGCGCAUGGCCUCGGCCGAUCUGGAUGAGGGCUUUUUCGACCCGCGCAGCCCGGCCAUCCUCCUUCACCGGACUCCGGUUCGGCCGCUGGACAAGCCGACGGUCCACGCGGCGCGCAUGGCCUCGGCCCAGCUGGAAGAUGGUUUCUUUGAUCCCCGUAGCCCGGCGGCCGUGUUGCACCGGACCCCGGUCCGUCCGGGCGGUGCUGCUGCCCCUGCACCGGGGGCCUCUGUCCACCCGGGGCAUGUGGCCCGGAUGGCGUCGGCCGAUUUGGCCGAGGGGUUCUUCGAUCCGCGCAGCCCGGCGGCCGUGCUGCACCGGACCCCGGUGCGGCCGGCCACCACUGCCCCCGCCGUGGCCCCGGCCGAUGGGUCUGUCCAUGGUGCUGCGCGUUUGGCAUCGGCCGAGCUGGAGGAGGGGUUCUUCGACCCGCGGAGCCCGGCGGCCGUGCUGCGUCGGACGCCGGUCCGGCCAGGCGCCACGGCCCCUGGGUCAUCCAUCCGCAUGCACAUUGCGCGCUUGGCGUCGGCCGACUUGGAUGCCGGGUGCUUCGACCCGCGGAGCCCGUCGGCGGUGCUGAGCCGGACGCCGGUCCGCCCGGGCACGAGCCAGGCCGCAUCCUCUCGGCGCCCGGCCACCGUCCACAUCGCGCGCCUGGCUGCUGCCCACCUGGAGGAGGGGUUCUUCGACCCGCGGAGCCCGUCGGCGGUCCUGCACCGGACGCCGGUCCGGCCGGGCGAGCCCUCGGCCGCCUCCCUGGCCAGGGAUCCGACCACGCCCCGCGCGCCCGCCACGGCCGUGGUGCGCCUGGCUGCGGCCCAUCUGGAGGAGGGUUUCUUCGAUCCCCGGAGCCCGACGGCUCUGGUUCACCGGACCCCGGUCCGGCCGGCCGAAGACCCGGUGCCCACCUUCAUGGCAGACCCGACGGCCCUUGUCGCGCGCCUGGCCGCUGCUCGGCUGGAGGAGGGCCCGUCGGCUGUCUUCCGUCGGACGCCGGUCCGGCCGGAGGGCCCUGCCCUCGCCGAGGCGCCGGUCACGACCAACCCCCGGGUGUACGAGGCCCGUCUGGCGUCGGGCGACCUGGAUGAGGGCUUUUUCGACCCGCGGAGCCCGGCGGCCGUGCUGCACCGGACGCCAGUCCGGCCGGGCACGGCGGCCACUCUGCCGGGCCCCCACGUGGCGCACAUGGCCUCGGCCCAGCUUGCUGAUGGGUUCUUCGACCCGCGCAGUCCGGCGGCCGUGUUGCACCGGACGCCGGUCCGGCCAGGCACUGCCGCCCCGGCUGCCGCGGCCCCCCUGGCGCGUCUGGCCUCUGCCGACCUGGAGGCCGGGUUCUUCGAUCCCCGGAGCCCAUCGGCCGUGCUUCACCGGACGCCGGUCCGGCCGGGAGUGGCCCCGGUUGAGGCCAACCCCCGCGUGCAUGCUGCGCGCCUGGCAUCGGCCGACUUGGAGGCGGGGUUCUUCGACCCGCGUAGCCCGUCGGUGGUCAUGCACCGGACUCCGGUUCGGCCGGCCGACCCGCCGGCCGCCAUGCCGCCAUCCACCGUGUGCCUGGCGUCGGCCGACCUGGAGGAGGGGUUCUUCGAUCCGCGCAGUCCGACGGCCGUGCUGUGCCGGACGCCGGUCCGGCCGGCCGAGGCGGCCGCCGGUCCGGGCACGCCCUCCCCCCCGGCGGCCGCGCGCUUGGCAUCGGCCGAUCUGGCGGCCGGGUUCUUCGACCCGCGGAGCCCGACGGCCGUGCUGCACCGGACGCCGGUCCAGCCAUCGUCGGCCGCCGCCCCGGGCUCGGAUGCGGCCUUCGACCCGCGGAGCCCGUUGCUGGUCGUGCGCCGGACGCCGGUCAAGGUCUUCCGCUUUGGCACCGCCACCAUGGUCGCCGAGGGGCCGGCCCCGGACGCGGUCAGCCCCGCGGCCACGGUUUGCUGGUCGCUGGAGCCCGUGGUGCCGGGUGUGCCUGAUGCCGGGUCCGAGCCCCUCGAGCCCGGGAUGGCGGACGCCGCCAAGCCCGAGCCGGAGGCCGUUUCGCUGCUGGUGCGCAUGGCCUCGGCCGACCUGGAUGAGGGGGCCUUCGAUCCGCGCAGCCCGGCGGUCGUCCGCCGCCGGACGCCCGUCCGCCCGGCCGACACACACACCGCCCCUGGGCCCGCCCCGGCCGAGGCGCCCACCACGCCGGCCCAACCAGCCGACCGGUCUCUCUACAUCAGCAUUGGGAGCUUGUCCCUCAUGCCGAGCCCAGGCCGCCUGUCGACCAUGGACAGCGCGGCCGAGGAGGAGCUGCAGCUCCUGUCCCCGGCCGACGUUGCUGCCGUUGCGUUGCUGGCGACCAAGCCGACCGAUGCCGCGGUCGCAGCUCCCUCCGACGAGACUGUCUCCGCCGAGGCUCCCGCCACAACGCCUGCCUCUGCCGAGUCCCCCACCGCAGAGUCCCCCACCGCGGAGUCCCCCACCGCGGAGUCCCCCACCGCGGAGGCCGCCAGCGCGGAGGCCCCUGCCGCGGAGGCCCCCGCCGUUUCCACUCCUAAUGUCCCUGUCCGGCCCCUGGGGUCGCAGGUUCUUUUCAAACCAACUCUGGGCCUUUCCUCCCCGGCUGCGCCCCGGAAGAAUGCCACCUCGCAUGGUACACCGACGACCGCUGGCGGCCGGUCGGGCUUCGUGCUGCCCGGGGUGACCUCCAGUACGCCCAACCGGCGCCGCGCGCUGGGCCUGGACUCGAGUGCGGCUGGCGGCUCGCCGCUGGGCGCCAGUCCCUCGCGUCUGGCCACCGGCACAGUGCUGCCCUUCAGUUCGCCGGCCGGUGGGGGGCCGGCGCCGGCCCUGGCCGCGCGUGCCCGGUCCCGGUCGACCCUUGGCCCGAUGGUUCUGCCGUCGGCGGUUGCCGCGGACUCGCCGGCGGCCGGGGCCACAUCGGCGGCGGGCACUUCGCGCCCGGGCAUGCGGUCCUCCGGCCCCGGCGCCCUGGUGCCUGGGCGCCUGCAAAUCGACACGACGCUGGCCGCUCGGGCCGCGGCCGCCACCGGCUCGCCGCGUGUCGACUCGACCACCACCCCCCGCGAGCCGCUGUCUGCCACCGGCCCCCUCAGCGCCAACACCCUCUUCCCGGCGGCCCAUGUGCAGCUUGGCGGCGUGGGCCAGGAGAAUGCCGGGCCUGGGGGCUCCUUUGCCAGUGGUGCCGGCGCCGGCGCUGCCGCUGGCACCCCGGGCAAGAAGCUGGCCUCCGGUGCAUCUGGUGGCACCCCGGGCAUGAAGUUGGCCCCUGGCGGCGCCGGUCCGCUGGUGCCGGACCUGGUGGGGCGCGGUGUCGGUCGCACUCCCCUCACACCGCUCACCCUCACAGGCCCCGACUCGCCGCUCAUCAUCCGCUAG